AUGUCCUCUUCUUCUUCUUCUUCUUCUUCGUCAACAUCUAACAAUAUUUCUUGUCCAAAUAGUAAUAAUCACAAUGAUAAUUUAGAAUUAGCACGUCUUUUGUUAGGAUUAAAUUGUUUAAUUUGGAAAAGAUUAUGCUAUGAAUGGCAAUGUUUAUUACAUCACAGUGGUGUUGUUGAUUUAUCAUUGAAUUUUUAUGAAUUUAACAAUGAGAAUAGAGGAAUUUCUGAAUAUUCCAACAACAGCAACAACACUUCAUCAUUGUCAUUCAAUAGUAGUAGUAGUUCAUCUUCAACAACCUCAUUUUCAUAUGGACUACUGCUUCAUUCAAAUAAAGGCAACAAUUAUUUACUCGCAAUGAAAUAUGCAUUAAAAACUUAUUUGAAUUCAUCAACAUUUUUAAGAAAUUGUCGUUUCAUAUUGAAACAUAAAUCGAAGAAUAAUAUAUCACGAUCUUGUUAUCAACAUCAGUUCAUUAAAACAACAUCAACAACAUCAGCAUCACCGUCUACUUUUAGUGAAUAUUGGCGAUUGAAACAGAUUCAUUUCAAGAAUGAUAAUGAUGACAAUCGAUUUUAUGAACACCAACACCAACAACAGUCAGUGUAUUUUGUUCUACCACCAUAUCGAUUAUACACGUUAUUGAAUGUGAUCUCGCAUAAUGAUGAGUUUUAAUAUGAAUAUAAUGAAUGUGUAAAUGAUUUUGCUUUUUUGUUUCAAAAAUAAUAAUA